GAAUGUUAGUUGCGAAAGAAGCAGCGUUUGCCGACAAUUUUUGCGCUUGUUUCUCCCUGGAAAACGUGUAUUAAAAAGUUAAUAAACGUAUUUAAAUAGGUCAACAACGUUUUCAAAUAUUUCGCGAUGGCUUUGGUUUGUGCACUUACAAACGAGGUACCCGAGGCGCCUGUUCUGUCGCCGUAUUCCGGCGCCGUUUUCGAAAGACGCGUCAUUGAAAAGUACAUUUUAGAGAACGGCUGCGAUCCCAUCAGUGGCAAGGAACUGAAGCAAGAUGAGCUCAUUGAGAUUAAAACACCACAAGUCGUGAAGCCAAAGCCGCCAAGUGCCACCAGCAUACCGGCGACACUGAAAACAAUGCAGGACGAGUGGGAUGCUCUGAUGAUCCAUUCGUUUACACAGCGCCAGCAGCUACAGACCACGCGUCAAGAGCUGUCACAUGCGCUGUAUCAGCACGAUGCUGCUUGUCGUGUGAUUGCCCGCCUGAAGAAGGAGCUUACCGCAGCACGGGAGGCUUUGGCAACGCUCAAGCCGCAAGCUGGUAUUGUGAGUGCACCGUCGAUGAUCACAGAGCCAGCGUUGGCUGCCGAGGCGGGCAGUGGUGGUGCCCAUCAAAUGGAGCAGGCCGGCAUGAGUGGCGAUGUCAUACAGAAGUUGCAGGACAAGGCAACGGUGUUGACACAGGAGCGAAAGAAACGCGGUCGCACUGUACCCGAUGAAUUGAUCACGCCCGAUCAAGUAAAGAACUUUGUAACGGUCGCCUCGCAUCCUGGCCUGCACUCGGCUUCCGUGCCGGGUAUCUUAGCACUGGACAUCAACAGCGCCGAUCACAGCAAAAUUUUGACGGGAGGCAACGAUAAGAAUGCUACGGUAUUCAACAAGGAUACGGAACAAGUGGUAGCCAUACUGAAGGGUCACACCAAGAAGAUCACUAAGGUCAUCUACCAUCCCAACGAGGAUACUGUUAUCACCGGAUCACCCGACAUGAACAUACGCAUUUGGCAUGUGCCCACAUCGCAGACGCAACUAUUGUUGCGUUGCCACGAGGGACCCGUCACCGGUUUGUCGCUGCAUCCUACUGGCGACUACUUGCUGUCCACGUCUUCGGAUAAGCACUGGGCGUUCUCAGACAUACGCACGGGACGUCUGUUGACCAAGGUCAUCGAUACUGCCGAGGUGGGCUUGACCACAGCUCAAUUCCAUCCUGAUGGUUUGAUCUUUGGCACUGGCACUGUAGAUUCCCAAGUUAAGAUCUGGGAUCUUAAGGAGCAGAGCAAUGUGGCCAAUUUCCCAGGUCACACCGGCCCCAUUUCGGCCAUUUCAUUCUCGGAGAACGGUUAUUAUCUGGCCACAGCAGCUGACGAUGCCUGCGUCAAAUUGUGGGAUUUGCGCAAGCUGAAGAACUUCAAGACCAUUCAGCUGGACGAUGGUUAUGAGGUCAAGGAUCUUUGCUUUGACCAGAGCGGCACCUAUUUGGCCAUAGCUGGCACGGAUGUCAGGGUUUACUUGUGCAAACAGUGGCAGGACCUGAAGGUAUUCAACGAUCACACAGCACUUGCCACAGGAGUACGAUUCGGCAAGCAUGCGCAGUAUCUCGCCUCCACCAGCAUGGAUCGCACCUUGAAGCUCUACGCCAUCGAAUAAGAGGAGCUGCAUCUUGUAUUUUAAGCAAUCGGAGAUCAAUAAUAGUUAGCAUUAAGUUCUGCAACCAAUUUUACCAAUACCAAUACAAAAUAACUGUACACAACACAAACUGCUGCAUAAAUAAAUCAUUCUCUUUUAUUUGCGAUCCA